UUCCCGAAACCCCGCCUCCCAGCGUGACGACGCCGGCCGGAAGAAGACAGCAUGGCGGCGGCGGCGGCUGAGGCGACGGCUCGGCCGUCCCGGGCCCGGAAGAAGGACCCGCAGCAGGCCCUGGUCAUCCCCCGCAGCGCCGCCGAGGAGCAGCGCCUCAAGCUGGAGCGCCUCAUGAGGAACCCGGAUAAGACGGUCCCGAUUCCCGAAAAGCUCAACGAGUGGUCACCCCGUCCGCCCCCGGAGUUCGUGAGAGACGUGAUGGGGUCGAGUGCUGGUGCCGGCAGCGGAGAGUUCCACGUGUACCGGCACCUUCGGCGGAGGGAGUACCAGAGGCAAGACUUCAUGGACGCCAUGGCCGAGAAGCAAAAACUGGACGAGGAGUACCAGAAGAAGCUGGAGAAGAACAAGGUGGCGGCAGAAGAACAGACGGCCAAGCGGAGGAGGAAGCGCCAGAAACUGAAGGAGAAGAAAAUGAUGGCCAAAAAGAGCAAGCUCGAGCAAAAGAGCGAGCGGGCAGCGGACGAUUCCCCGAAGCAUCAGCCGAGCAGCGAGGAAGAGGAAGAGGAAGCUUCCGAAGAGGAAGAGGAAAAGCAGCCCGGUUUCGUGGUGACGAAGCGGUGACGGGACUUGGAACCGUGGUUUCACUUCCGCCGCUCUUGAGAAAUCGGGGACGUGAUUUGAACUCGGGUGCGGACGCCGGUCAGAGCUUUAUUCCACCGCUUGCAGGACUUUGCGGCAAAAAAAAGAGGGAAAUUUCGUGCCCCAAAAUCUCUCAGUGCUUCUGAGUCUGAAACGUAACGCUUCUGUGUCUUCCUCGUGGCCCCGCAAUCCCCCCGCCCUUGAGGCGCCGAGAACACGGACUUCUGUUUUGGGCAAGAAAAGCCCCGACGUCCUUGCGAGGUCUGUUUCCACUAGAUAUGUUCCACCAGCAUUGUGCAAAAACCUCUCUCUUCAUUUCCGAGACGAUUAAUUAAAAAAAUACGAGCACACAAAAA